UUUGGACUUUUUUUUUUUAGAGUGAUGCUAGUCGGUCAACACGUGGGGAGGAGAGAUUGACUUUCCAAGGGGACACGUCUGAAAAGGCACAUUGUCAGUGGAGUUCUCAUCGUGGCGGCACAGAGGAACCUAAAACACUGUGUAGCUGCUAGUGUCCUGAGGAAAUGCCGCUGAGGUUUCGCUCUGUUGUACCUUACACACUACCCGGAGUACUUGCACUAAUCGGCUGGUGGUGGUACAUCUCACGGAAGAAAGAACGACUCAUCAGUCAUGGCAGCCCAGAGGGGGCUCCAACUGAUACAGCCAUUAUAACAUCUCCAGCAGAGGGUAGCAAUGGUUUGGUUGAAAAAGGCACCAUAUCCCCCACAAAUGACACUGAAUGCCACACCAACACAUCUCCAAAUGUCACCAGCCAGAAAACGGAUAAUGAAAACAUUUCUCAUAUCCAUGUUCAGGACACUGAAGCAGCACCUUUAUUAAGACAAGGUUCUGAUGAAGGUGUUGCUCAUCCUGGCAGAAGAGAAGAAGUCCUGAAGCCUUCUGUCUUGACUCAGCCAUCAUCUGGCAAAGAAGAAACCCUGCUGGUGUCAUUGAAAGACAAUAAAGAUGUAGAGGAAAGCUUGUCAUUUGAUGUGGUCAUAGAGCCAGAGGAACAGCAGCUCAAGGAUCCAGCCUCUGCUUUAGCAUCAUCGGUAGAGGAGGUCAUCCUGCCUUGCCAGUCUAAUGAAGUCACCAUCUCCCCCACCACAACAACCUACCUUUCUGAUGCAGAGAGGCCUGAGCCAGAGGGAGAGGUUGCAAAGCACCACAGCACUAUUAAUACACAAGAUGAGGUCAUUGUUUGUGCAGUCACCCCAGCCAAAUUGCAGAGAGUGGUCCCAUCAGAGGCCGUCUCUCAAGAUACACCACCUUCGUUGCAGGAUUUCCACCAACACAUUCUAACGAGCACACCAGCCACUGCAGACCCAACUGCCAUUGCUUUGACCACGGCGCAAGAGUCCCUCACCUUAUCCGUGACCCCAGAGGACAUCCAAAUGCAGAGCAACAGUGGAGGUGAGCAGGAUCUGGAACUUCUGGCAGCUGGACUCAUUUAUGGGGUCAUCUCGGCAGCCACCCAGGAGAUUCUUGGUGUCACCAGGUGCCAGAUCACAGACAACAGCCAGCCCAGCUGCAGCAGCGGCAACAAUAGCAGUCCACCACUGGCUAGCAGCAGACAAUGCUCCAAACAGGAGCCAAUAACAACAACACAGCAGCAACAUCACCUGCUGACAAGUUCCAUGCCGAUCAACGGCGAGUCUACAGAGACACCAGGAAAAGAACAGCAGGGGAUGACCAAUGGAUGCUCCUCAGCACCUGUAUGGGAGCCUGUUGAGAUCAGUCAUAGGGAUCAUGAGACAGACAAUGAUCAGGCAGGCCACUGGCCUACAGCAACACAGGACGCAGCACAGAGCAUGCCUCUGCUAAACAUGAAACUGACAGGUGACGAAGCAGCCGUGCUGGCUGAGGACUCAGCUUGCAGCACAUGCCACUCUGAGGACGGCAUCAGUAGCGAAGACCUCCACAACAGCACGUUGGACAACCAAAUAGAUGUGAUCCAAGUUACAGACUUGUCAGAAAAGGAAGCAGAACAGACUCAGUCACUAGCUGAGACCUCCACAGAGGCAGCCGGUUUGCCCGUAACAGAUGAAAACUCAGUGGAUUCUGUAUGUGAGAUAAAGAGGCUCAACGGAGUGGGUCUGAGGAAUGGAGCUCAUGGGACAUGUGACAUGGAGACGGACCAGGACCAGUCUGGAGGCUCUGAUGUGAAUAGUAUGGACUCCGUUGACAGCGGCUGCACUAUGGGUACAGGGGAAAGCCAGAGCAACCAUGCUGCUUCCUUGACCUCUGAGCUUGCUAUUUGGGAGAUAGAGGUGCCAAAGCAUCUUGUCGGACGGUUAAUCGGGAAGCAGGGGAGAUUUGUGAGUUUCAUCAAGCAGAACUCUGGUGCAAAGAUCUACAUCUCCACCCUGCCUUACACACAGGACUUCCAGAUAUGUCAUAUAGAGGGUGUACAGCAGCAGGUUGACAAAGCCCUGUCGUUGAUUGGGAAGAAGUUUAAAGAUCUGGACAUGACAAACCUAUAUGCACCUCCACCACCUGCACUCACAUUGCCAUCACUUCCCAUGACUUCCUGGCUCCUGCUUCCCAGUGGAGUGACCGUUGAAGUGAUAGUGGUGAACAUUGUGUCAGCCGGUCACGUCUUUGUCCAGCAGCACACUCACCCUACCUACCACGCCCUGCGAAGUCUCGACCAGCAGAUGUUCCUCUGCUACUCCCAGCCCGGCACCCCGGCCUUGCCGUCACCUGUUGAAGUUGGUGUGAUCUGUGCAGCCCCAGCGGUGGAAGGUGCCUGGUGGAGAGCUCAGGUCAUCACUUUUUACAAAGAAAGCAAUGAAGUGGAGAUCAGAUAUGUUGAUUACGGAGGCUACGACAGAGUAAAGAUAGAUUCAUUACGGCAGAUAAGGUCUGAUUUUGUAACACUACCAUUUCAAGGUGCAGAAGUACUGCUUGACAACAUUGCCCCUCUUCCAGGAGAGGAUCGAUUUUCACCAGAGGCAACAUCGGCGUUGGAGGAGAUGACCAGAGCAGUGCCACUGCUUGCACAGGUAUCAAGCUAUGACAACAACACAGGCCUCCCACUGGUCCACCUGUGGAACAUGGUUGGAGAUGAGGUGAUCUCAGUGAACCGUACGCUGGCAGAGAGAAGCCUGGGUGUCUGGGUGGAAGGAUUUUUGAACUAACACGCUCUGACCUUUUACAACUUCAUCCUCCCACGUUAUUCUGUCGUGGUCAGCGUUGUGGGAGCCGCCCCACCACUGGAUCCAAGAAGAUUGUUUUUCGUUCUUUUUUCUUUUGUUAUUGUCCUCUUUACCCUUCCCCGUUCCUUUUGAAAAGAAAUUAAAAAAGUAAUUGCAGGCAUAAUCCACAAGAACACGGCACUGCUUCGAAAUGAGACGACCUCCCCCUCUGAUACUUGUACACUAAAUGAACUUGAAGAGGUACAUGGAGUUUUUAAAAAAAAGAAAGAAUCUAUAUUAUAACUUAAUAAAGGUGCAGCAAAUAUUUUUUUUCCUCCACCCAUCCUACCUUAAUUUUUGCUCUGGGCCUUUGCACUUUGACUGUGGAUCAUCAUGCUGUGUGGAGAAACUAUGUUCUAAAUUGUCACUGACACCACGGCUGGAGUCGCGUGCAGGUCACUAACUUUGUGUCGUGUGGAUAGAAUGGUGGGGGACAGAAAGGCUUUGGAGGCUGAAGGGUAAAGGGAGGAUCCUGGUGGAGCACAGAGCACCAACUGCUCUGACACUGACUUUUCUGGUGUCUCCAUCCAGAGCUGCAGCAGCACCUUCAACCAGGACAGAGAAACCCCCCCCCCCCCCCCCCCUCCCCUCCGCUUUUCCUUUGCUCCUGAUUUUCUCCACCAACUUUCACUGCGUCACAGAUUAACCUGUGGGAGUUUCAUGCUACCACACCAGGAAAACUUGGGCAAGAUCUCUCAAAUUAUUUAAUUUCAAGGUACUUUUGGACAGAGAGCAUUUUGUUGGAUUUUAAUCCUCACAAUGACGUUCUGUCAACUGUAAAGAUCCAACAUGAGAGCAUGUUUGCACCUUCUAAACCCCGACCGUUAGACAUAAAAGUCCUGAUGAUAAAUGAUACACACCCGCGGAGCACUUUAUUAGGAACACCAGCUUAUACAUCAACUCCAGCAGGAGAGUGGCAGCAGAGCAAAACCUUAAAUGAUUUUGAGUUUAGAAGAGCAGGAGAUUAAUCAGCAGAUGAUAUGCAUAUCCAGAUUUUAUGCAGAUUGGGUUUUGACAUCAAACAUUUGCAGGUGGUUUGGUUUGGUACAUGAUGCAUCGCAGUCUGAACACUCUGGCAGCUCAAAUCAGAUUUUAAAUUGUACUUUGCUUCACUCUAAACAACAAUGAUGUCAAAACCAAUCCCAAAUGCACAGCUGAGCCGGCUGGGGCUACAACAUGAAACAAAAUACGUUUACCUUCUCUUCACUGCGACACAACAGGCCGAUUGUUUUGAGAAAUUCACCUCCAUUUCUUUUCCACACCACACCUCUGGGUAUGCAUACUGUGUUACCAAGGCAACCCUUGCAGAAACACUGGAUAGGACCGUCUGCCUGAAAAUAUCUGAUCUCAAAAGAAAGUAGUCGGUGGAACUGAGAUUCAAGAUUCUUUGUCAUUCCAACACACAUUGCAGUCUCUCCAGAACCCGGUCUGCCCAAACAAAAAAAAACAAUUUAAACUUAAAAUAUAGAAUUAAAAAUGUAAAUCUCUGGAGGUAAGGUGCUGAGUGACUAUAAAAUAAUUAAAAAGAAUAGAAUAAUACAUUUAAAAUUUAAAUUAGUGCAAAGAGUAAGAGAAGUGAAUUGGAGGAUGAACUGAUGCUGUCCAGAGAGAGGACAACUGGUGAUGUUCUAAUAAAGUGCUCCCCGAGUGUGUAUUUGAACACACUUUUGCUCCAAGUGAAGAACAGAAGCUGAAUUUGGUGAAUUUUUUUCUCUCAAAAUACUAUCAAAACGACAAUUAAAUUUUGAGGUGAAACGGCUGCUAGAGGUCAGAGGUGACGGUUCUGCUCCCGCUCUGUACACGCGUGACGGCACGUCACUGUACGUCUCCUCUGGUUUCAUCCUCUGACCAAAGAAAUCCAGACUUGGUGUGCUGGUACACGGCAUUAAUACACUACGUUAGUGAUUGAUGUGAUGUAAUUAUAAUGUGCAGCAGACUGACCUCGACACACUUAUACAAGGAAAACCACUGAAAAGGAGACGCCACUGCUGCCCUUCACUGUAGAACUUUGACUGCGUCAAAUAAACUCUGGUGCAGGGAAAGAGGAGGAUCGUGUUAAAGCUGCACUAGGCAACAUAUUUAUGACGUAAUGAAUCAGUAAACCCUUAUUGAUCUUUCAGCGUGAGGUUCACCAGGUGAUCUGAGAGAGAGCUAGACUUCAGGGGAAGUUUGCCCAAUCAUAGGUCAGUGCAGAGAGAAGGGACGCUCCUAUUGGCUGUUCACAAAGGUCGCUAUUCCAGCACUGGAGUAACUGAUUAUGCUGCAAAGCAAAACCCGAGAAGAAGAUUAAGACGAUAAAUGCAAUAACCCAUGUGUCAGUGUGGGUGGAGAACGUCAGAGUCUUCAUGAACUGUCCAUGAAACUAAACAACUAUUUGUGCAGCUUUAACUUCUCUUUAUAGUGACAACAGUUGAGAUGAUUUAGAAGCAGAUGUAAUUUAAUCCAUUCUGGAUAAUUCUGGACAUCAUCAUCGUCAGAGCCAUGAAUUUAAAUAGUGACGCAGCGAAUUGGGAUAUUUAUUGAAGGGAAUUUGAACAAUAUGAUGGGAUGUAGUAUUGAAGUACAUCACUAACAUGAAACAGUAAUGUUGUCACAAAGGAAUGCAUUGCUAAUUUUAUGGGGGAUAAGUAAAUGUGGAGAAUGUAGGACAUGGAAAAUGAAGGCAAAAAUCAGCUAUUGUUGCCAUGGUAAUGAAUCCCAGUUAGUUCUGAUUGGCAGAAAUGUCAAUAACAAUUAAUUUUCACACAUGAAGAGUUUGCCAUUCACACAGCGGGAGGUUUUCAUGAUCGGUCGUGUCUUUGAGUCAAGGACGCAGGAAUUUUCCACAUAGUUCCCUGCUGUCUUCUCUCAUGGAUGAGAGUGGACAUUGGGAGUUUAGCUGUGAGGGCUGCAGGGAAAAGUGAUGGAACAUGUCUUCUGUGUUCUUGCACGAAGCCUCUCUGGACGGCUUCAGUGCAUGUGUGAAAGCAGCUUUAAAUGAACUAAGUGUGCUGGAUCAGAACCAGCAUCAUUUCUGUCAGGUGGUUGGAUGUUUUAAGUUCACGUACAAUGAUUAAGAAGCAUAGACUGUAUAUAAAAAUGGACGUAGUCUUCUGGUUGCAAAGCAAACUCGCUCAGUCUCACUGGUGUCCACUCGCGUGUCAUUCUUUAUCGUCUAUUUUCCUCUAAAUGGGAACAGGAUUUACAAAACUGACAUGUACUAUUGACGAAGACCUGAAACUAGUGAUUGAGACCAUAAACUCCUCAGGAAAACGUUUUAAAUCAAGUGAGAUGUCGUCUCAUUUUCCUACAGACUUUCAUUAAAAAUGGAGUUCUUUUGCAACCAGCAGAGUUGCCCCCUGGUGGCUAAUUGCUACUUCUGCUACGUCUUUCUUCCUGGGCUCCACUUUUCAAACCGGAAGACCGCUUCUAUUUUUAUAUACAAACUAUUCUACAAAAGCCAGGUUUAAAGGUCCAGUAUGUAAGAAUUAGUGAUAUCUAAUGGUCUUUGUUUGUUUCAUUUUGCUUCUGCUGAUUUGUCCUUUUGUGCUGCUGUAAAAACACUGCACAGUUCAUUUAGAAACAGACAAAUGAGCUUUAUUUUUAGUUUGAAAACUUGAACGGAUUUGUCAUGAAGUCAGACCGUGUGUCUCUGUAUUUGCUCUUCUGAUAUGAUCGCGUUAGACUGAACACGAAGCAGCCGUGUGAGGGGGAAAAUAAAGGGAUUCACUUCCACCUCACGACUGCCGGUACAAAAACAUGUACUUUUACUCCUUUUCAUUUUCUGUGGAAACAAAGUCCAGGUUCUUUUAGCAAUAAGGCAGCUUUAUUUGGACAAUUUGAAGGACAGUCUGUGGGUGUAUAUGUUCCGUAUCUGACACUAAGGACAAGCAAAGUGAACUGUAACGUAGGUAAACUUCAAUAAUGUAUCUCAGGAAAGGUUAAAAAGGUGAUAAAUGGUGAUAAAUGGACACGCAGCUGAUGGUGUCUGUGCUUGAACAUAUGAAAUGCUGGCGUACAGGAAAUUGUAUUGACGUUAAACGUGUUGAGGAAGGCGAAGCACACGUUGGUGAUGUUUGUUGUUGGCUUGUGUGCAUCGCUCCUCACAUGAACUCGGCUCAUUACUCUCCCUGCUUUACUUUUUAAUCUAUAAAUUAAUGUAAACCUCUUUGCUGCCCAUAGACCUUGUAGAGCUCUGUUCAUUUCUCUGUACAAAAGAUACUCGGUACUUUUCUAUAACACUGGAGACAAGCAGAUUUAAAGGGAACAUGUGUGUUUUUGUUAAUGAUGUUUUUUUCUUUGGUCUGGUUCACCCUGCCUCUCCCUGCCUCUCCCUGCCUCUCCCUCCCUCUCCCUCUCCUUCUCUCACUCAGUGUUCCCACACUGUGCAGGGGCUGAUUUAUAAGUGUUUGCACAGCUAGACAAGUCAUCAUUUGAUUAUUUAAAUGGAUGUUCAAGCUGUCGUGCCCAAAAGCAUUUACCAUGUACAGACCAGGCUAACCUUCUUUUCUUUUGUUGCUAGGCUCAUCUGUAAGUUUGAUUUGCUGAUUGUACAGAUCUAUUAGAGAGAGAAAAAAGUAAUAAAAGUUAUUGAAAGUG